CAAAGUGGGUGCGGCUCAUUUAGGCACGUCUGCGGUGCACCUGGUGGGCGUGUUUUGCAGCCAUACGGGCAAGGGGAGCGAACGAGAAGAAAGCACGAUAUAAAGAUGGCGGCAAUAUUUAACUUGCUUCAGCAGUACAGACUGCAGUCCUACUACAACCAGUUUCUGCAAAUGGGUGUGAAAGAUGAGAAAGAUUUCCUAGAUGGAGUGACUGAUGAGGAUUUGUACAGCAUAGGAUUAAGCCACGUGGAAAAGAACCGUUUUUACGCCAUGAGAACCUUUAUUCAAAAGCUGAACGCUUCACAGCGGCAGGUUCAAACCGUGACACCAGUUCAGAAGUCAAACCCGUUUAGUUUGUGGUACACGUAUCCUAAAUGCCCUGAGAGGAAGCUGAUCAAAGAUAUUGACCCUUCACAAAACACCGUAGAAGAUCUGAUGUUGCGGAUCUCCCACCUUGAAAAAGUUGGCAACACCAAAGGAGUUUGUAUCUAUACAGCUGAUGGGAUGCCCCUGACAGAUGAUCCCUUCUUCAACACGUGGUCUUUGAAAGAAAGACACAUCCAAGAUGGUGACACGGUCUAUGUCAUAUUUACUCCAAAGGAAAACCUGAUAGAGGCUCCUCAAAUGCCAAAGCAAACUCCCUGUGAAACGGAGGAAAAGGACGUCAUUCGAUGCCACAUCAUGCUGAAGGGUUAUUUUGAGGUUCAUGUAGACCUGGAAAGUGACACUAUGGCAACCCUGAGACAGAAGCUGUCCAACACAAGUGGUGUCCCAGAACAUGUCCUUAAUCUCAGAAAGAAAUAUUCCGUCAGCGACACGCUGCAGAAGUGCGGCGUUUCCGAGGGGUCGACUGUUUGUUUCAGUUUGUCGUCUUUUCCUGAAGAAAUCCCGCAUGGCGAGAGGUUCUACUUUAACGACAUUGUGCCUACAGUGUCACAAACCCUGAAAGGAAUCAGUGUUUUCUUCUCAUCUCUUCAUACUAUUGCAAGAAAUUCAAAUGUACCCUCCAAAAAAUUGCUUGCCUACUUACGCAAACUGACUGGAUGUAACCCGCUCGUCCAAAGUUUGCAUCAACUGUGCAGAAGGGAAACGGUGACCAGAAACCAGAAAAUUGCAGUGGUCGAGGCCUUGUACAUGCUCUUCAGGGAGCUUUUACCCAAGCAAGGAGUACAGCGAGGGGAAAAAUCCAUCGAGGACCAGGACGUCUUUGAGAACUCCUUGUACUGCUGGGCGCAUCUCAUUACCAAAGCUAAAAAUCAGAAACCUAAGCAUGAAGUCUUUGCUCCAAUCACUCUUGUGUCCGAAGAUGGGAACCAUCUCUGUGAGCCAGUCAGAGUUCCCGGAGUACCGACUGUCUUCGAAAGAUCAGACGUUCUCAAUAAAAUCAAGGAUGGAGUUAAAAUCCCGAACUGCACAGAAGAGCCGCUGCAGGAAUGUUCACUGAAAAGAGCGGCUGACAUUGAGAAGAUCCUUCUCAGCAUGCCUCGGUAUGUCAGGACAUAUCCUCUCUGGAUUCAUCAGGACAAGGUGUCCGGUCUCAACUUCAAGGUCAAUAUUGAAUGGACGUUUGGAAGCAUGGUGGAAAAACUCAAAUCCUUCCCUUGUCUCAAUGUGACGCCACCUCUACAGCUGAAGGAUCUGGGGACAUCACAGAGCUCCCUCGUUAUGCUGAGUGAAGACAACCUUGGGAUCUAUCUGUAUAAGGACAAAGGAUCUCCAGAUAUGAUCAAGGUGAUCGAUUGUCUUGAUGGUGAAGUAAAAACCAUGGAUCUAAAUAUUUUGGCAGCAAAGACUGGUGACCACAGAGAUGAUGGAACGUUUGUCACAACCAGGACUCCAAAAGAAGCAAUACUGGUCCUGAUGGACACCAGUUCCUCCAUGGAAGAGGAGUGCUAUGAAAAUGCAGAAAUUAAGAAAAUCAACGCUGUGAAGGAGCUUUUUGACAACUUCGCCACCAGGAGCAUGGCCUACGACUUCCACCAUGUCAUUGGUCUUGUGAAGUUUGACUCAUUUGUGAAGACCCUCCAUACAUUUACUGAGAGUCUGGAAGUGUUCAAGGAACAUUUGCGUGACUUGAAGGCAAAUGGAUGUACUCUUCUGUACGACGCACUACGACGAGGAACCCGUGAGCUUAAUAAAGUCAAGGAGAGAUUCCCAGAUUGUAGACUUCGCAUCAUAUGCCUCACUGAUGGAAACGACUCAGGAUCCCAGAUGGAGCCAGUAGCUGUGACAGUGAAGUUGCUCGAAUCAGACAUAAUUGUUGAUUCCAUCCUCCUUGGGAAUGUUGAGAACAACAUGCUGCAUGGGAUCAGCAAUGCAACAGGUGGUUGUUGUUUCAAGCCAAAGUCCACCAAAGAGGGCCUAAAGCUCUUUGAAAUGGAGACGGUCCUGUCUUUAGAGCAAAGGAAACCCAAAAACAAACUCGAUGUCUCUUCCGUCUCUGAGUCCAGAUUAAUGGAGCUGUUUGCUGCUCAUAAGUACGAUGAAUACCCAGAGACAUUCUUGCCCACUCAGAUAAAUGGCAGAGUGACCCUGACCGAAAGUGCCCUCAAAAAGAAAAUUAGUGAGUCAAAGGAUGGACGAUUCAUGGAGAAGGAAAAACGGAUCCUAGAGGAACUCAAGAGUCUGCAUUGUGACCCACAUCCCUUCUUUAGAGUCUUUCCAUCAGAAUCUGAUUUCACAUUCUGGAGGAUUCUCAUGCAGGGCCCUCCAGACACGCCGUACGAGACCGGCGUGUUCGAGCUGUACUGUCAGUUUGGACCCGACUACCCAGUGAAGCCUCCAGUCCUUCGUUUUGUCACACACGUGUAUCACUGCAACGUCAACAGUGUGGGUCGGAUCUGCCACAACAUAUUCGACCGCAACUACAAUGCACACAUCACAAUGAAGGAGAUUUUUGAUGCAGUGUAUGGUCUGCUCAUCGUCCCCGAGCCUGAUGAUCCUCUGGACAGCAUUUUGGCCGAAGAAUUCUUGACGAGCCGUGAGAUGUACGAACUAGAAGCCAAGAAGCACACGGAGCAACAUGCUGGGAAGUCUCUGGAUGAAAUGGAGAAGACAAUAAUAGAUCCUGUGCCACAGUUUGUACCUCAGCACCUGCUCUGUCCCCUCACCAAGACGGUUUUUGUUGAUCCAGUAAAAACAGUUUAUGGCACCGUGUAUGAGCGCAAAGCCAUCGAGGAGCACCUCAAGCAACACAAAUACGAUCCGCUGGCUGGCCCAGGAAACGAACUUCAAAUGAGUGACCUCAUGUCAGACUGGAACAUGAAGAAAAUGGUGAUCGAUUAUCGAUCCCGACAAAUUCAGUGAAUCCGCUACAGAACAGCCUUCGUUCACAACGUCCGGCGUGACCCUUGGGAUCAGUGCGAAAAAACAUCGGAUGCAUGCUUGUUGAUUUAGACUAACAUGUUUUGUUAUUGUCUUGUUAAUAUAGUUUGUUCAUAUCGGUGGUGGUACUAAUCUGUUACUAACCAAUUAAGUUAGUUUUUAAAGCCUGUGUUAGAUUUUAUUUUGUCAUUUAGAGAUUUUGUUGAAAACAAAUUGAGCGGUUUUUUUUUAUUUUAUUUUUUUUAAAGAUUCAAUUCUCAUUUACCAUUGUCUUGGUUUUUACAUUGUAGUAAAAACUAAGUAUGGAAAUUAAGAGGUGUGUGUUUUUUUUCCAGCAGCAUAUCGGUCUAACAUAUUUGCCACAGUUAUG